AUGAGUGAAAUGAAAGAAGAUGAAAAAAAGUUUUUCAAAAGCCCUGUUGAAACUGCUCUCAACUAUAUCACCCAUCUAUCUCAGGUGUGCAUGUUCCAGAAGGGACAGAUGGAGCUUUUAGUUUCUUUCUACAAACACAAUGCUUCAAAAGCAGAGGGAGCUCUUCAGGAAGCUCACCAGAAACGAACUAUCCAGGAAAAGAAUUUGGAGGCAAUACGGAGAGAGAACAGGGAACUGAAGAAAAAGUGGGACAACAUGAAGGCUUUUCCGAGACACCGCCAGAGUAGCAGAAACAGCACUCCAAGGCCAGUUGGUGUCACACAUCCAUCACCCAGAGUUACACCACAACCUAUUUCCCAGCACUCCAGUGAGGUAGUCAGUCGCUCAUCUUCCAUGGAUGCAAUCUCUUCCAGAAUCAGCCAGCUAUCAAACUGGCAACAUGCCACAGGAUCCACUAGGAUGACCCCAACUGACUCUAUAAAUGCUACUCCUUCUCCAGGUUCCACUCAAAGUUUAUUCUUCAGGGCUUCUCCUGCCUUUUCUCACACCUCCAGCAUGACUGUCAACUCACACACGCCUACGGCGAGGCAAAAUCAAAGUGCUAGGCAGCAACAAGAAACCCCAUACAUCAACCUCAACAUCUUCUCUGAUCAGACAGAGGGGGUUUCUAUGCCAGAACAGCGUAACAUUGAGAGACCUCAGCCUAUACAGCUGAGAUUCACCCCUCGCUCCUUUCACUGCAGGCAUUCAUCCAACAGCCAAGCCCACCAACAAAGAUAGGGAAGACGAAAACUACUCUCUGCUUACCAAUCUCAACAUGGGCAAGAUGGUAUUUCCUGUCCCUGCAUAAACUCUGCCGAAUUUUUAGGGCCU